UGAAAGAGUGGAUUCCGAGCCAUCCAAAGGCUAGGCUGCAUCCAAAAGCAUUGUUGGGUUUCAGGGGGCUAAAAUCUUGCAUUUGGAGUACCCCCCUUUGCAAUGUUGCGGUGAUGGGUGCAUGCCAAGCGAGGAAAUUCCCCUAAAAGUUCUAUACAGAUUAAGAAAAGGAAGGGUCAGUUCAAGUUUACGGGAAGAAAUGUGGGAGGCAAUUCUUUCAUCCGCAAACAUCCCGGCAUUCUCUCCACCUCAGUAACAGGAUGUAUCCAGUUAUCCAUUGAUGGCUCUGCCCUGUCUCUGCUGAGCACCUUCAGUUCUCCAACUCGGAUACUGGCUGCUCCCCUGGAGGAGGUGUCUUAGGGGUGGGCAGUGGAGGAGGGGGUGGAGGACAUGCCUGGUGGGGGGAUUUUCUCCACCCCCUCUGUGAGCAAGCGUCCGCUGUGGGUGCCUUUUCUACCUGCGGUAUCUGUGGGGUCAGUAUUGCGAAGCUAAUCCGACUUGCUUGCUUCUGGUGUGGAUAGCACACAGAAUCUGGAGGUGCCCCAUCACUUUCCAGACUGGCCCUGUAAGAUCUGCUUGUCUUCUGCCUACUUCUCCUUGCCGUCUUGUGCCAAAUGCAUUCUUGUGAGCCUGGUAGCCUCUUGCCAACCCUCUGCGGAUAGUCCCAGUGUUAGAAUGGUACCUGCGUCCCUGUGACAAGCCCGACCCAUCCAGGCAGGGAGAUUGGAGACUGCAGAAGGGCCGUGGGAGCCUGGCAUGGAGGGAUCUGGGCAACGGUUGGUGCUGGGCAUGAACAUGGGGGAUGGGCGGCAGACACCUCCUGGGGAGCUGCGGACUCCCACUGAAGAGGGGCAGGAGCAGAGAACGCCUGUGCCAGAAGCCAUCUGUGAUGGGGGUGGGGAUGCCAAGACCCCGCAGAAGACUGAGGAAGAGGAGGAGGAAGAGCUGGACCCCCGAAUCCAGGAGGAACUGGAGCAUCUCAACCAGGCAAAUGAGGAGAUAAAUCGUGUGGAGCUGCAACUGGAUGAAGCCCGUACAACGUAUCGGAGGAUUUUAUCAGAAUCCGCCCGGAAGCUGAACGCUCAAGGCUCUCAGCUGGGGAGCUGCAUUGAGAAAGCACGCCCUUACUACGAGGCAAGGCGCUUGGCCAAAGAGGCGCAGCAGGAGACCCAGAAGGCCGCGCUCCGCUACGAACGAGCGGUCAGCAUGCACAACGCGGCCCGGGAGAUGGUUUUUGUGGCUGAGCAAGGUGUGAUGGCGGACAAGAAUCGGCUCGACCCCACCUGGCAAGAGAUGCUCAACCACGCCACGUGCAAGGUGAAUGAGGCAGAGGAGGAGCGGCUACGCAGUGAACGGGAACACCAACGGGUCACCCAGCUCUGUCAGCAAGCAGAGGCUAAGGUUCAGUCUCUACAGAAGUCCCUGAAGCGGGUCAUUGUGAAGAGUAAGCCCUACUUUGAGCUGAAGGCUCAGUUCAACCAGAUUCUUGAGGAGCACAAGGCCCGAGUAACGUCCCUGGAGAAGCAGGUGGCCCAGGCCAAGAUGCGCUAUUCGGUGGCCUUGCGGAACCUGGAGCAGAUCAGCGAGCAGAUCCACGCCCGGCGGCUGCAGCGCCUGGUGGGGCGGCGAGCUUCCCCGGUUGGUGCCGAGGCCUGUCCAGCCGUGCUGUAUGGAGGGUCGACGCUGCCUCCGGAACCGGCCCCCUCUGCUGACACUCUCUCGGUCCUCAGCUUCCAGACCAUUGCCUCUGACCUGCAGAAGUUUGACUCGGUUGAGCACCUGCUGGGGCUGUCGGAUGCUGCAAGCCUGAACAGCGAUGAGCUGGAGGAGCGGGAGCAGUGCCGCAAUGCUCAGCCCCACCCCUUCAAGCACCACCGUAGCAUCAGCCUCUGACCCACACCCUCUGGCAGGAGAACAGAGAUGGUCGGGAUAAGGAAGUUCAAAGAAGGGUUAGAGUGGCAGAUGCCCCUCUGAAAUCCCCAGAUAGCGGAGCUGUUUUGGCCUCACCUCUCUGGAGCAUAGCCCGCUGGUAGAUUCUUAAACCCUUCCUAUCCCAUUUGGUAUGACCCAGAUUUCCUGCCCCUAAACACUCCCGGCGGUGUGGUGGCUGUCCAAAACCAGUUGCUGUUGGAAACUUUGGCACUUGGGUCCCACUUUUGGGCUGCCCUUCCCCCUUCCUGCCAGCAUGCACCUGUUUCCUGGCAGCAUUGCAUGCUGGUAGUUGAUCUUUCCCCCCGCACACUUCUCCUAGCUUGUUGAGUUAUUGGUGACACUAUCAUCUUUAGUGGCCAGCGAGUUACAGGGAAAGGCUGUUGGAAGGGGAAGAAACCCAAGCAGGGAUGAGUUAAGGAAACCUGCUGUUUGUUUUUACAUGGUUGUGUCUUGCUGGCUGUGGGGCGACCAGAGAGCAGAGGUCGGGCUGAUUCACAGAAGCUCCACUGCUCCUGCCUCUGAGAACCUCUCUGCUGUAAGGGAGACGCCACCCGGGACUCUACAGCGUGGCCUUUUAAAACGGAACACUGACGCCCCAUCUAGGGGGCUUCUCGACACACUACAGCAUAUUGGAGGCCUGCCCUUGUCCUCCUUUUGUUUCUCUCCCCCAGGCAACGUGAUGUUACAUCCUCUUUUUAUAGCUUCUCCAGCAUUGUCUCUAGGGCCAACAGUAUGAGGAGGCUGGUGCCUUGUGGGUACCAUUGGGUGACACCAGGAGAGAGAGGGAGAGAGCAUUGUGUGUACAUGUGGGGACAGUAGCCUUGCUCAACUAGGGUGGCUCCCCUACUAACUCACCCUUGUCCUAUCCCGGAUUGCCCCAGUCACAUGACAGUGGUACAUUUGCAUUGUUGAAUGUUGUCUGCUCUGGCAGGUGGGGCAUUUAAGUUCCUAGGCAAGUGUAUGCUUGCUCCUGGCUCUUGUCCUCCUACCCUACUGGGCAAUAGUGCCACUUCCUGCCUUUCAAGCAGUUUUUCUGGGUUUGGGCUGUGAUGAGAACCGUGGUGGUUUGAGGCAGCCCGAUUGCAGUUUGGUGUGUUUGUAAUGACCGGCUUUUGCUGUGUAUUUUAUUUAAAGUAAAGUUUAUUGCCCUACAGGAAAAAAAA